AUGUCAAGUUCUAACACAAAAAACUUGAACAAUGAUUCCAGUAAUAAUGAUAGUAAAGCUACUAUUGUAAUUCCUCCUUUUCUUUCCGAGGCUCAAAAUUUAGAUGAAGCAACUUUGAUGAAUAAAUUUAAACAAAUAUUUAUUAAUGACCGAGAAAGGCGACAUAAUCCAAAAGAUUCAGUCAACAAAUUUAGUACAAGUGAUGCACUUGAACCAAGCGUUGCAAAAUACAACAGAUACAGUGAUAUACUGCCAUUCAACUAUAACAGAGUGAAGUUAAUGCGUAAACGUACAGGUAGAACUGAUGAUUAUAUUAAUGCAAGUUAUAUCAAAGCACCAUAUGAUGUUAAAAAGUAUAUAGUAACACAAGGACCAACUAAGAAUACUGUGGAAGAUUUUUGGUUGAUGGUUUGGGAGCAAAACUCGAGAGUUAUUGUGAUGUUGACCAAAGAACAAGAAAAAAAUACUAUCAAAUGUGAGAAGUAUUGGCCUGAAUUGAAGAGUCCGGCCAUUUAUAAAAAUUCAGGGUUGAAGGUUGAGUUGGAAAAAGAACAUGUUACCCAAUUACAUUUCGUUGGAUGGCCUGAUUAUGGAGUACCUGAGUCACCAGAAAAUAUACUUAAUCUAAUUCAAAAAACUAAUGAUUUACAAAAGGAACAUAUAAAUGGAGAAGCGCAUCUACUAGUAAAUAACAAUAUCAAUGUUGACAAUGAUGAUGUAAUUGGGCCAAUAGUUAUACAUUGUAGUGCUGGGUGUGGUAGAACUGAUUUAGUUGAACAUUUUAGAAAACAACGUGUUAUAAUGGUUCAAUCAUUUGGACAAUUUCAAUAUUGUUAUUUGGCAGUUCUAAGCCAUCUUGGCUGUAAACGAAUGGAUGAAUUCUUUUCACAGUUAACAAACUUUAGUUCCCAGCUUGAAGAUGCCUGUCAAGAUCUAAAAAUGUCAUUAAAAAGUCCAGCAUUACCGAUAUCCUCUGGUCGUCAAGAAAAUUAUUUAAGACAAAUGCUAUCACAUACUAAAAAAAUGAUUAAUGAAAUAAAAGAAAUAGAAAAUACACCUGAUUUGAGCACUCCUUUGAGUGAAAUUGUUUGUGCAGCUAUUGCUGUUUAUGUAACAAUUCAAGACCGUAUUUUUGAGUUAGAAGAAAAAUUAUAUGAAUUUGGAUUAGAAGUAGAAUUAAUAGCAAGUAAAAAUACAGGAUAUAUCGAAAGUGAAUUAACAAAAGAAAAUAAUAUUUUAGUUACGCCGCGUAAAGCAAAUAAAACAUUUAAACGCCUUUCAGUUGUCACUCAAGAAAGUCCUACGCUUGAAAGUUUUGGAAUAUCAGAUCACGCUCUAGCAAUACUCAAGGCUGAUGUACGACUAUCAUUAACACCAUUUCAACGAGAUAAAAUACCACAAAUCCAUCAAAUUAGUGACGAUAUUAAUCAAUUAAAUUCAGACUAUUAUAAUAAAUCUACUCAAGUUUUAUCAUCAAAUGAAAGGAAAAGACAUAUUAAUGAUAAUGAUAAAUCAUUUGAACAAAUUGUAUAUAGGCAAGAUGUUUUAGGAUUUCCAAGACAAGAGUUUGAUGAAAUAACUUAUGAUGAAUUGUUGAAUGAAAUCGGCGUUGGAAAUACAACAACAAUUGAUGUAGUAUUAUUAGCAUUGAUAACUUUAAACAGAAUUGAAUCAAGAGCAAGUGAUCCUGAUCCAACAAAAAGAAAAUAUAAAGUAUUAUGA